CCUUCGUGCUAUUUUGAUUGUUUUUGCGCCAGCACAGAAAGAUGUCUGAGGAGGAAGUCGUGCAAACUUCUGUGGGUAUUUUACAAGAGAUUUACACGUCUCCGCUCAACCUGAGCCUGCUGUGUUUAUGUCUCUUCUUGUUGUAUAAAAUAAUUCGCGGGGAUAAACCCCCGGACACUGGGAAAGAGGAAGAACAGCUUCCGAAAUUAAAGAAGAAAGAUUUCACCUUGGCCGAGCUGAAGGAAUACGAUGGAGAGAAAAACCCGAGGAUCCUCAUAGCUAUCAACGGCAAAGUAUUCGACGUGACCAGGGGAAAGAAAUUCUACGGGCCAGAGGGCCCAUACGGUGUGUUUGCUGGCAGAGAUGCUUCCAGAGGCCUCGCUACCUUCUGUCUGGAAAAGGAGGCUCUGAAGGACGAGCAUGAUGAUCUGUCUGACCUCAGCGCUAUGCAGCAGGAGAGCCUGAGCGAGUGGGAGAUGCAGUUCACUGUUAAGUACGACUAUGUCGGAAAGCUGUUGAAACCUGGCGAGGAGCCGAUGGAAUACACCGACGACGAGGAUUCGAAGGAUUCGAAGGAGAAAAAGACGGAAUAAAAAUCUGGAGCUUUUUAAUACACAUUUAGAACAGAACUCAAAGCCUUCAUUACUACCCAUUGUUAAUUUGUUUGUUAAUGAGGUGUGUUUUUAGAUGCUGUCUAUAUUUUGUGUUUCAAGGUGUUUUUCUUGGAGGGGUGAGGGUGGGAGUAGGGAGUAUAUUUUGCUGUAGAAGGGGCGUGUCUACAGUAAUGGUGCACAGAUUGCCACUCGGAUCACAUUAUGUGUGAAUGAUGACCAUAUAGAAGUAAUGCAUAUAAUUCUGGGUGUAGUCCAUUCGAUUAUUCUAGGCUAUGAAUAAGACCAGCAAACUUGUAAUAUUGUAAAUGUUGGUUUUUCUACUGGUUUUACACUGUUGGAGCUCCAUUACUCUAAACCUAUUCACCCGAAAUAACGUAAUAUCGAGCUAGUACAGAUCAUUUGUCUUUUUUUCUUCAGUUUUCAGUUAAAAAAACAAAAGGAAAAGAAAGUUUGGUUAGACUGGCAUAAAACUGCUUUUAUCAUGGCUUUGCUAACCAGGUGUGUAUUGCUGAGACAAAAUGUAAUCUGCAGGUGCAACUAAGAAGCAUUAGACCACUGAUUCCCAGCCUGCUUCAGAAUAAGGACCACAUUGAUGUUCAGGUUUGUCCUGUGAAUCAAUACCAGCAUGGGACCAAAAACCUUUAUGCCACAGACUAACUACGGGCCAGAAAUGCAUUGUAAUUGCAUGUGGUUCCUUGUUACAUUUUAGCUAGACAAACGUUUCGUGAUGUUUGGAAUAGGUGGAUAAAUGGCAACUAGGAUGUGUUGAGGGUGUGUGUUUUGUACGGUAUUGCAGUGAUGGAUUGGGAGCGCGGGAUGGGGUACAUGCUUAGUCUGAUUGGGGGAAUCGUGCAGGAAGCACCUGGGAUUUACUGAUGGAUCACAUCUAAACGUGUGCUUCAGACUGAUCUAAUUCGAAAGCUCUUGCUUGUUAUUUCUUAAUUUGAUUUGUCGACCAGUUUAAAUAAAAUAUUCUGUUUUUGCUUUA